CCCACCACAAUGUCCUCCUCCUUCAAGCGUCAGGAUCCCCCUACCCCCGCACCAGAACCCGUGAAGAAGCGCAGACGUGGCGCUACCAGGCUCUCGUGCGCAGAGUGCAGAAGAUUGAAGCUUCGCUGCGAUCGCAACAUUCCCUGCAGCUCUUGCGUCAAGCGUGGCUGCGGAGCCAUCUGUCCCGACGGUUCUCUCACUACGGGUCAAGGAAACCGAUUUGUCCUCGCUUCCACCCAGGAACUCCACGAGAAGAUUACCGAACUCUGUACACGCGUCCGUGAACUCGAAGACGCCCUCCGCGCGUCCCACAAUCAGACCGCUUCCGACACACAUCCUCUUCUCUCCGAAGACCUCUUGCGGGUCAAGGCUCCUCUUCAACGAGACGUGUCAUUACGCAGCCACACCAUCACAAAUCAACCCGAGGACGACGACACAAAUCCAGACGACGUGGACUCGUUCGGAACCUUAUCAAUCUCACAUACCGGCCAAACAAAGUACUAUGGCCAACCAGCCAACUCUUGGUAUUUUCUCCAGAAUGAGGACAUGGAAGAAGAAAACCCCGACGACCGAAGUGCCGAGCUCAAGAAGAUACUUCCUCCUGAAAUCCUCGAGAUAAGCUCGGCUUUCCGCCUUGCUCCCAUGAAUCAGCAGUCGUCCGACGCGAUCAACGACAGACUUCGCAGUCUGUACUGGUAUCUACCUCCCGCGGAUAAGGCUGCCGAACUUCGCGACAUCUAUUUCUCCCAUGCCGCCUGGAUGUAUAAUCCCAUUCAGCCAGCCGAUUUCAAUGAAACGGUAUAUUCGGCAAUCUACAAGUCCCAGGUCUCGAUGACGACGCCGGACGAGCCGCUUAUUAUUCGCUCUCAGCGCUUAGCGCUCAUGUUCAUGGUUCUUGCCAUUGGUUGUCUGAUGGACUCGCGCUUGCCUGCGUACAGCACAGAGGCAGAGAAAUAUCACCAGCUAGCGCGUGCGACGCUGUUUCAGAACAGCAUCUUUGAUGAGCCAACCUUGGGCACCGUGCAGACGCUGUUCCUGAUGACUUUUUAUCUGUUUUUCGCUGAUCGACACGGCGCGAACGCCGGUUCUCGCUGGGCCAUCAUGGGCAUGGCUGUCAAGCUGGCGCAGGGCAUUGGGCUACACCGCGAUACUGGGCGAUUGGACAUUGAGCCCGAGGAAACCCGCAAAAGGCGGGAAAUCUUCUGGGAGUUGUAUGUCUAUGAUUCUUGGCAGUGCCUCACUUUCGGACGCCCACCAGCUUUCGUGAUGGCCCAGAUCGACUGUAAGCUGCCCCAUCAGAAUAUUCCGGCAACAGAAGAAGCUUUCCACGCCUGGAAACACCGAUUUUCUUCCAUUGGGAUGUCAGUCGUGCAUGACCAGGCUUUCGGCGCCAAGACACCCACCUACGCCACAAUCCUUCAGCUGGAUCGAAAGCUGCGAGCAUGUCCAGUUCCUCCUAUUCUUCAAAUCGCUGGCUUUGGAAACUCCACCGAGUCCCAACUCAAUCUGGUCCCUGAGUCUGUGCCGCUCAUCAUGCAGCGUCAUUUGGUCCUAGCGGUGCGCGAGAUGAAUCUACUGUACAUGCAUCGCAGCUUCUUCGCGCGCGCACUCAGCGAUCAUCCCAAAGAUCCUCUUGGGAGUCCAUACGGGACAUCUGUCAUUGCAGCGUACCGCAGCGCGGGCUCCCUUGUCGCGCUUAUUCGCAACUUACACUCUCAAGCCAAAGAGCCCAUUGAGAGAAUGUGGUUCCUGUGGACACAUAUGUUCUCUUGCGCGAUUGUUCUGGGCGCGAUUGUUACUCGGUGUCCCUCUAUGAGUCUAGCUCCCUCCGCUCUUGUUCAGCUGGAUUCAGCUUGCGAACUCUUCUCGAGGACGGCUCAAGGUUUUAGAGCGGAGAAAGUGCUGGAAAUCAUGAUGAAGCUGCGUCAGAAGGCUCGCACGAGUCUACAAACGUUCAGGGAUGGGAAGGGCGUUCCAACAUCGCGAUACAAAGCACGCGCACCAUCGACGUCGUCUGUGGAUGAAGACGAAGAAAACGAUGAGCUCCUCAUGCUCGGGGGCAAGAUGCGUCUGGUCUCUAAGAACCAGAAUUCGACUGCUGCCUCGUCACCAAUCCUCAUAGAGCAUUCGCCUACUUCCAUGAACCCGGUCGUACCGUUGCCGCUGAAUCAAGCCAGCGAAAGCUCAAUGCAUCCCAACGUGGUCGACUAUCUGCGCACGUUUGUACCGACCCCAGCGCCAAUGCCCAGCGCCAAUCCAUCACAAUUGAUGCCGAACGCGAUGAACACCGUCCCAAUGGUCAUUCAGUCAGCUACAUCGGGUCUCGCAGUGGGCAGUGGCGCCCUUGUGGGUCUCCCGGCACAAGCGCAUUCUCAUAGUGUUCCCAGCAACGCCGCCACCACAUUGCAAUUCCAGCAACCGGACCCCUCGCUUUUCGAUUUCACUCCUGUUCCUAACUUUGCCACGUCUGUAUCAUAUCAGCCUUCUCAGCCACAGGCCGCGCAGCCAAUGCAACAGCAGCAAAACGCGCUCGACUUGACUUUCCCGCAGUACUUUCCCGUGUUUGACUACAGCGCGAGUGGGAUGAACGGGAUGGGAAUGGAAGGAUUCUAUGCCAUGGACAUGAACGGGGUGAUGUCCGAGGAGCCGCGGGGACACUCUUCGUCGGCAACAACGCCGGAGUCGAUGCAGGGCACAUGGCAGGAGUUUGUCGCGCAGCUUGGGAUGACAUGAACAUUGCUUCAUCUCUAGGGACGUUGUCUUUUCUUGGGUCCGCUGUAUAGGCGUUUCGCUAUCUUUUCCCGAUGUAUUUUUUUUGUUCCCAAAAGUUGUACCGCUAUAACUUGCCUAGUGUUCUAGAGCCCCCCUCUGCGUAGGUCAACCUGUAUUCGAUCCUGGGUAUCUAUCAAUAUAGACUUUUUGGUGGAAGGUAGCGGGUUUGGGCUAUCUAAUGUUCACCGUUCACCGGGAGCUGAACUCGGAACGGCCGUGCCAUUCCUUCCGAGGGUCACAAUAAUUUCCGGAUGUGCAUACACAUCGUCCAUGUGUAUGCAACUC